AUGGCUCACGCGUUGAGAAAAACACGUAAGCUCCGGGGACACGUUUCCCACGGACACGGUCGUAUUGGAAAGCAUAGAAAGCAUCCUGGAGGUCGCGGUAAUGCCGGAGGUCAACAUCAUCACCGUAUCAACCGUGACAAAUACCAUCCUGGAUACUUCGGAAAGGUACAAUUUUAGGUACUAUUUGAAAAAUUGAAAAUAAUUUUUCAAAAAAAAAAUCUCCUAUCUUGGCGCUUCCCGUGAUUAAUUUGGCAGUGUAUGUUAUAGGAGAAAAAGUAUCGCCUUUAGGCUUUUUCGGGUCUCCUUCGGUGUUUGUCUAGUAGUUCGACAAAUGUCAUCCUCUGGAUUCGAGAUAAUUAUAAAAUUGGUUUCUGAGACUUAUUUUUUAUUUUUCAGGUCGGUAUGAGAGUGUUCCACCUCAACAAGAACGACCACUACUGCCCAACCGUCAACGUUGAGCGAUUGUGGGCUCUUAUCCCAGAAGAGGUCCGCAGCAAGGCCACCGCUGACAAGGCUCCAGUCGUUGACUGCACCAAACUCGGUUAUUUCAAGGUUAGUAUUUUCAUUUGAAUAGUUUUCUUCUAUCUUGGCGCUACCAUUGGUGAAUAUGGCUGUGUAUGUUAUAGAAGAAAUAGCAUCGCCUUCGGGCUUUUUUCGGGUCUCCUUCGGUGUUUGUCUAGUAGUUCGACAAAUGUCAUCCUCUGGAUUCGAGACAAUUUCUCCAUUCACUUGAUGAUUAUUAAUUUUUAUUUUUCAGGUUCUCGGAAAAGGACUCCUCCCAAAAACACCACUCAUCGUGAAAGCCAGAUAUUUCUCCCACGAAGCCGAAAACAAAAUCAAGGCCGCCGGAGGAGCAUGUGUUUUGGUGGCAUAA